UAUAUAUUUUUCUAAUUUUUUGUUUUGCCGACGUUUACAUGUCCUUGAGGCAUUCGUACGAUGUGGGCUUCGUGUCCUUUAAGGCAACUGGUUCAUCGGUGAUGGACUACCAGUUCCGGAUUUUAGGACGCGACCGCAGGCUCAAUGGAACCCUCACCUUGACGGAAGACGUGGGCGGCGAGCACUUCUCCGAGGAGUUCCAAACAUAUAUCGACUCCAGUGGCAGUGGCGAGUACAAGUUGCUGCCCUUUUCGCUGCCCCGGCAACCCGUUUGCGAGGCAAUCGAGUCCUACUGGAGGUACUUCGCAGCGAGUGUGAAGUUUGGGGAGAACACGAAUGGCCCCUUCGGCAAUGACACAUGUCCCCUGCUGAAAGGACACUACUUCUUCAAGGACAUCAUUAUCAAUUCGGACGACUGGCCGCUCGUAAUGCCCCGAGGUCAGUUUAAGACCAUUAUAACCUUCAGAAAGGAUGAAGACAUUGUCUGUGUACUUGAAAUAGUAUGCCUCAUUGAAAAUAAGAUUAAUUAA